UGUUCAAGAAUCCUCUCGCUUUUCUUCUCUUACAGUCAUGGCGGUUCAGUUCAAUCUGAAGCUGUGGAUCCUUUUCUGCUUCGUCCUGUUGUGUUCGCCGCUCCAUUGUCAAGCCUCGGAUCCGAAUCUUUGCGAAAAGAUCUACAAAAUCGGCGGUUCAUCGGCUCUGAUAAACUCGCCGGAAUGUUCUUACUGGAAGCCUUUAAACGAUGAGGCCUCGACCACUUUCUGUCAGACAGCCACUCUCCUCGGACAGCAACAACAACGCCAAGAAGAUCGUGCCCUCUGCUCUCUUGAUGUCUACAUGCCCUUAUCCCGUAAGGAGGAGGUUAAAGUUGGAGUAACGGCGGUUUUCGACGGGUUCAAGGGCUCACAAGCAAGCGACAUGGCUUCCAAGAUGUUCUUGGACAUGUUCUCUCUUCACGUUCAACUUCUCUCCCAAACUGACCACUCGAUUUCGGGUUCGGAGGUUCUGAGAGAAGCCGUGGUCAGAGCCAUCAAUGACAUCAACACCAUCUUUUCUGCGGAUGCACAAGCGAGAAACCUCCAUGCGGGUUCUACAGCGACAAUAUCUCUGAUGGUAGAUGGAAAGAUAUUGGUUGCUAACGUCGGAAACUCGAAGACUUUCUUGUGCUCCAAGAAAACCCUACCCCCAUCUCUAGAAUCAUUCUUGGGAAGACACGCCCAUAAAACAUUCGCAAAGGAACUGACGAAAGAUCAUUCUCCCGAUCGAGACGACGAGAAGGCUCGUGUCGAAGCAUCUGGCGGCUACGUUCUCGAUUCCAGGGUUAAUGGAGAGUUACCAAUCUCUCGUUCCAUCGGAGCCAUUUCCUAUGCAAGGAAUGGGGUUAUAUCAACGGCCGAGAUCACGGACUGGAGGGAUCUAACGGCAGAGGACGUAUAUCUGGUGGCGGGAACGAGCAGUGUAUUCGAGAAGAUGAGUUUGGAUGAAGCUUGUGAGAUCUUGUCUGAAGAAGGAGCCUCCAAAAGUCCAGGUGCUUCCAUGGCGGAUCUUCUCGUAAAUACUGCAUUCAAGAAGGGCAGUUUCGACAAUUUGGCAGCCGUCGUAGUCGCCCUGAACAAUCUUUCUCCGGCAAGACCAGAAGAAAACGACGACGUUCACGUUCGAAUGUCAAGAACCGAUGAACUUUGAGCUUUUGCGCAUUUGCAUCUUCUUCUGUUAUUCCCACCUUUCUGAAUUGGAUUUGUGGAAGUUCAAUUGUUUUGCUCGAAUACAAUAAAUUUAAAUUA